CUGACUGCGUACCCGAAAACCGAGUGACGGAUGCCUUGCAUAGAGAAUAAGCUUUCUGUUUUUGGAAUUUCAAAUGUGUCCGUGUGAUAGAUUCUGUGGGAAAACUUGCAGGUGCAACUGAAAGGAGGGGAGGAAGCAGCGUGGACGCACGUGAAUCUCUCACUUCUCCAAAGCCAGGAAAUAGAAAGGAGGAACGCGUUACCAGCAAGUGCCGCAAAUUGGACUUUUCCACCAUCAGCAGCCCUCCUCUCUCCUCUCUCCUCUCUUCUCUCUUUCGCCAUCCCUGCUCCUCCUCUGUAGGUCUCCCCACUUACUCCCAUCCAGCCUCAUUCUCUUAGUCUCCUUCACUCAUCCCAGAAUAGCCUCACACCGGAGGAGCGCUCUCUAAAUAUCAGAGGGGAGGUUUCUUUUUUUUUUUUCUUGUGGAUUUCGGGGUGACUUGGGAGCCGCUGGAGAGGAUGGAUUAAAGGGACGGUGUGCAGACACGCCAAACUGGAGCAGCACGCACGACCACGCCGGGGGGGAAGGGGGCGACGGGACUCGGUGAAUUCACGGAGCCCCCGGGACAGAGGCUGUGACUGGUCCCACCCCAAGAUGACGUCCCCCAAAAACAAAGCCAAGAAGAAACCACCCAAAGACAGCAUCACGCUGCUGCCAUGCUUUUAUUUUGUAGAGCUCCCCAUCGUCCUCUCCUCCUUGGUGUCCCUGUACUUCCUGGAGCUGACAGAUGUGUUGUCCCCGGCAAUGGUGGGCUUCCGCUGCCAUGACCGUGACCUCUCCAUGCCCUACGUGGAGACGGGUGAUGAGCUCAUCCCUUUGCUGAUGCUGCUGAGUUUGGCCUUCGCUGGUCCUGCAGCAUCUAUCAUGCUGGGGGAGGGCCUCAUGUACUGUUUGCAGUCCAAACUGAAGACGUGUCCCAAGUCGGAGAGCAGCAUCAACGCUGGAGGCUGCAGCUUCAACUCCUUCCUACGCAGAACAGUGCGCUUCGUCGGUGUUCAUGUGUUCGGUCUCCUGGCAACAGCCUUGGUGACAGAUGUCAUCCAGUUAGCGACCGGUUACCACGCCCCGUUCUUCCUCACCGUCUGCCAGCCCAAUUACACGGCCCCAGGAGUGUCAUGUGACAAUAAUGCCUACAUCACACGGGACAUCUGCAUGGGGAAAGACCAGUAUGCCAUCAUGUCAGCGAGGAAAACAUUUCCAUCCCAGCAUGCAACGCUCUCUGGCUUCGCUGCUGUCUAUAUCUCCAUGUACUUUAACGCCAGCAUCAGCAGCACGACCAAGCUGCUGAAGCCGCUGCUGGUGUUUGCUUUCUGCAUGGCGGCGGGCCUCGCCGGGCUGACACAGAUAACUCAGCACCGCAGUCACCCAAUAGACGUCUACGUGGGAUACCUCAUAGGAGCCGGCAUCGGAGUCUACCUGGCUGUGUAUGCAGUGGGAAACUUCAAAGCAUCAGACGAAGAUGCUCCCUCUUUGCAGAGGCUGGCCCCGGCUCAGCAGAAGGACAGCCUGAGGGUGCUGAGCCAGCGGGGUCAUGACUCCCUGUACAGGAAGACUCCCAGGGUGUCUGAGAGCAGAGAGGAGCUGGGGGCUGGGCUGGGGUCUGGGGCUCGCAGUAAGGUGAGGAGGGAGAAGGCAUCCUUGGCUUCCCUUAAACGAGCGAGCGCCGAUGUGGAGCUCCUUGCGACCCGAGGUCCCAUGGGCAAGGAAACUAUGGUAACCUUCAGCAACACCUUACCCCGAGUCGCAAACGGGAACAGCCCCAUCUCCCCCUCGGAUGAGCUCCCCACCACGCAGCGUCACAUGACCUUCCACGUGCCCUUUGACCCCCAGAGGUCUCGGCAGCUGGUGUCAGAGUGGAGGCAGCGCUCGCUGGAGCUGCGCAGCCAGAGCUCACGAGACGAGGAGGAGGGGAUGGACGGGAGGGAUGGAGGAGAUGAAGGAGGAGCAGCGGCGGGAGAAGGAGAUCAGGAGAUGCCUUCGUCUCUUUAUCCCACAGUACAAGCCAACAAGGGCACCGCCACGCCAACCGGAGCCAGGAUGGUGGUGGCGCCCCCGCUCGUUCACAUCCCAGAGGAGGCCACUCGGCCGCCUCCUGUUUCACCGAAGAGUGCCAAGACGCGCGCCAAGUGGCUGUCGCUCACCGAGGGAGGAGGGGUGAAGGAGCCGGGGACGGGGCCCAUCGCAGUGUCGACUCCUCGUGUCCCCAACACGCAGCCCAACCAGCCGCCCAGCCAGCAGAGAGUCACUCAGGUGAUAGCCAUGUCCAAGCAGCAGGGUCAUGGAGUCACUUCCUCCACUAAGACAUCAGAAGGUGGCUCCUCUUCAGGCGGAGGGUCCAACUGCUCCGAGUCGCCCUACUACCGGAUCCCAUCUGAUCGAGACAGCUGCACCGGGAGCAACCCAGGGAGCAUUGCCGGGAGCGGAAGCAUCGUUACAAUCGACGCUCACGCCCCUCACCACCCGGUGGUGCGUGUGUCGGCCAGUAACGGCAAGCCGUGGGAGUGGAGGAACACCAUCAGCGGUAACAUGAUGGCCACCGACAAGGCAGGGGACAAACACCGUGUGGCCCUGCAGCGACAGGACAAUGUCAGUCACUACCGGGAUUACCGGACACUCCCCGUGAAAACGGACUCGCUCUGCUCCUCCUCAGCCAGCGGCAGUGCCGAAGGAGGACAGGAGCUGCCUCCCCCGCCUCUCCCCACCUCCUCCUCCCCCCUGCCUCCACCUCCCCAGCUGUUGUCAUCCCCUCUACCCCCACCGCCUCCUCACUCUUCUUCCUCUCCCUUGCCUCCCCCUCCACACCCAAGCACCUCUCCAUUGCCUCCAAACCUCCCUCACCCUGCCUCCUCCCACAUGCCUCCGCCUCCUCACCUGUCCUCUCAGAUGUCCCCACCACCCCUCCCAGUGUCCUCACACAUGCCCCCACCUCCUCACCCAUCUUCCUCUCAAAUGCCCCCACCUCCUCACCCGUCCCACUCCCACAUGCCCCCGCCUCCUCACCCAUCCUCCUGUCAAAUGCCCCCACCUCCACAUUCCUCCUCUUCCCCUAUGCCACCUCCACCUCACCCCUCAUCCUCCAUGCCUCCACCUCCUCACCCGUCCUGCUCCAGCAUGCUCCCCCCUCCUCCCCAUCCCGACUUGCUGAUGGACAGCCACAGCCAGGCGCUGUCCCGCUCCUCCACCCUGCCUCGUCGGCCCUCUGUCUCUGCCCGCAGCCACGCCGAGCAGGAGCACUACUACAAGGCCAUGCAGAACGAGAGGAUGUUAUAGUAAAGACAUGAUUGUCAUGUCAAUGAUUGUGCUUCAGAGGACUCAGUUGAAAGAGACAGUGAAACAAAAUAGAUUGUGGCAGGUGAAUAGAGAUUUAUGACUUUAGAAAAAUGACAAAAAGGUUUCGAGACUCUGAUACCAGAGCAGACGCUUCGGUCAGAAUGCUGCAAAGGAAGAGGCAACAGCAGGGGUGGAGGAGCACGGGGAGGUCUGGCAGCUCACACGCACUCAGCGGGGAAUCUUGUUUUCUCCUGCUCACACGUACUGCCCACAGCGCCGGCUCAGCGACACUGACUGGGAAAAGAACAGACAAGAGAAGAAAGGGGAGUCAAAGAGAGAGCAGGGUGCAGAAUUAAAAAACCCAAGAUUCAGCACGCACAUCCUCUGUGUUCCUUUAAAGCACAUUCAGCGAAGGAGUGGGAGAGGCUGCAGCUGAAAGAGAGAUAUCACAAUGAACGGUCUGGGAUUUGCUAAAUCAAGUUUCCCUUGAGAGGAGGGAUAAGACUGAGAAAACAAAACAACUACAGGCAAUACUUGCUCUCCUUAAACCAGCGCAGCUGUUUGAGGUUGCCAGCUAUUACACACAGAGAAUUUGCCGUCGUAACCAGCUGAAAAACUUGUGCUUUAAAGCACCCAGAAGCUCUGAGCAAAGAAAAGAAUGCAGUAAUGUUAAGUUCAACCACAGGUUCAAGAGUAUUAGCCACAACUCACAAAAGCAUGAGAGUCUUUUUGCCCCUCUGAAUACACAAACCAAAAUGGGGAAUUUUAUGUUUGACGCCAAGCAAAUCUGUCAGUAUCCACCAGAGAGAGCCGGCUUAGGAAGCGCUGCCUCUGGUUGGGGUGUGAGAAGAAGGAGGAGGAGGAGGGCUGGGCAUAAGGAGGAUCACGCACAGUUGGGCACCCCAAUACAGACGUCACCAAAUGGAUUACUGCUGUAAACAUGAGAGGCGGUGGAAUGGAAAGAGAAUUGUUCCUUAAGUGAAGAGGGUGGUUGGGCCGCGCGGCACAGCGAGCUCGGCAGCCAGUCUGUCUUUGCUGUGUGCAAAACCUGCCACAGUGCCUGAAGCAGCACUAAGGAGAUUAACGUUUGUUUAUCAAACCAUGCUAGCGCACUCUUCCCUCCGCAGCCCUUUGCAUUUGGCCCUCUGGCAAAUCACAAUGGUGACGGCACUGUUAAUGGAAAGCUGCCCAGCCAGGAGUGCAGCAUCACCACCAACAUGCACACUGGCUCAAACAGGUGCUGGUGGGAUGCAGAUUACGGGCUUGUGUUGCUAGCAGUGUCUGUACCUGUUAGCAUUUCAGAGGUUUUGGUAUCACUUUCUAACUGUGCAAUACUUUAUCAAUGAUCAUUUAUCGAUUUUUCUUUAUAGAUCAGUAUUAAGACAUUCUUAAGAGCAACUUUUGGGUUGUCAGGAUGUAAAUCUUGGAACCUUUCGGCUAUCGGCCUGAUGACAAUUUAGCCUCUGGGGACAAUGGCCAAUAUUUAAGGGGUUGUGGCGUAGCUAGCGUGUAUCCAGACCAAGACUUUACUCUUCCAUACAUCGGUCAUUGUUAACAGUCCGAUUAGCUACUUGAGAUGUUACAGCUAAUCUUUAUAAACAGAUAUCUACACAUUAAUGCAGAUAAAUUAAAACAAUAAAAGCUAAUAAAAAAAGCCAGACAAUAGCCACUGGGUUCCAAAUGUUAAUGUCAUGAAAUGUAAAUGGUUAACCACUAACCAAAUAUUUUAAGGUUACGGAUGCCAGUUCAUUUUACUGCCCUUCAGUUUACUGCAAUGUGCAUCACCCAGCUCCGGUGGGAACUAGCUAGCAACAGUAAUUCAGAGUUUUCCGCCAGUCCUGACCCAACAGCGUUGCAGUAAAAAUGUGCCUACCCCUUGGUCUCCUCUCAGGUCACACCGGUGAGUAAGUGGCUAAAUUUUUUGCUGUAAAACCCCUUUCUAUGCAAUCCCUGUUAGCACUGUUAGCAGUAUCAGCAAGGCUAGUAGUGCUAACAAUGCUAAAGGGCAGUGUGGCUCAAAACAAAGCACGCACAUGGGCGGGAAACCAGAGGAUGGCCACCAUGUUGUUUCCAUCAGCCUAUUUAGAUGCGCAUCUAGAAGUAUCGCAUUGGAAAAUCAUGAUGAA